AAGGAAUGUCAAGCAUGGCUAGUACUAGUGAACAAGGUAGUAUUAUUGCCCAAAUGGAGAAAAUGAUGACCAUGAUGAAAGAUCUUAGUGAUAGGCUACAAAACAUAGAAAAUCAAAGAGUGAGAGUUGAAAAUGAGGGAGUACAAAAUCAUGAGGGAGGAAACCAAGAAGAGAGGAGGGGUAGAGAAAUAACAAGAUAUAAUAGUUUACCUCGCAUGCUCCCUAGAAGAUUUGUGGAAGAAAGGGUAGAUAAUAAUCUUAGCUCUUUAAGAAUGGAAAUGCCUACUUUUAAUGGGGAUGAUGAACCCGAAGUUUUCUUAAAUUGGGUAGAUGAAGUGGAGGAUAUUUUUGGGCUUCAUAACUUUGGGGAAGAAAAGAAGUUUAAAACAGCCAUAGCAUCCCUAAAAGAUUUUGCUAAAUUGUGGUGGAAACAACUUAGUCGUAGGCGUCUAGAAGACCAAGAUGAACCUAUAGAGACAUGGGGAGAGCUUAAGAGGGAGAUGAGAAGGAAGUUUGUGCCUAGUAAUUUUUAUCGUGAUAUGCGCAGAAAAUUACAAGAACUCAAACAAGGCAGCAAGUCCGUUCGUGAGUUCUACAAGGAGAUGGAGAGAUUGAAGGCACGAGCAAAUAUCCAGGAGGAUGACGAGACCACCAUAGCCCGUAUCCUUGAAGGAUUCAACCGUGAUAUUCGAAGAGAACUCCGCAACCAAGAAUUUGACGACGUGGACAAAUUGGUUCGAGUUGCUUCGAAGGUAGAAGAUGAGCUGAGAUCUGAAAGGGGAAGCAAACCAUCUGUGUCUUCUCAAUGGGAUCAACCAAGGAGGGCUACUAACAACUCCUAUCAGUCAAGGACACAAAAGGAGUACUCUCGACCAUCCCACACCCAGGAGGAGAAGAAAAAUAACCAAAGGGAGAAAGAGAAGUUCCAAGAGGGCUCAAAGCAAAAGGUUAGUACUGUGACAUGUUACAGGUGUCAAGGCCGAGGACAUUAUGCUCGAGAAUGCCCCAACACCAAAAAAAUUCUCACCACCGGCAAAGAUGAGCGAGAAUACAUGUCCGCAAAUGAAUCUGAUGACGAAGAGUUGGAGCCUAUCGGAGAAAGACAAAAAGAUGACCAUUCUGAAGAAGAAGUGCAAGAAGAUGAUGCUCUACAUUUCAACUGCGUUGUCCACAAAGCCUUGAGCACUCUAGUUGUCCUAGAUCAAGAAGAACAACGAGAGAACAUCUUCUAUGGAAAAUGCAAGAUUCCCGGUGCUACAUGCAGUUUCAUCAUUGAUGGGGGGAGUUGUACCAAUGUGAUCAGCGAGGAUGUAGUUAAUGCAAUGAAAAUACCAACAAUCCAACAUCCUCAACCCUAUAAGCUACAAUGGCUUAAUGAUGAUGGUGAACUCAAGAUGUCUUUCCUGAAGAGUUACCAAAGGGGUUACCUCCAAUUCGUGGGAUUGAGCAUCAAAUUGAUCUCAUACCUGGAGCAAGUUUGCCUAAUAGACCGGCAUAUCGCACUAAUCCUGAUGAGGCCAAGGAGAUUCAACGACAAGUUGAUGAGUUGUUACAANUGA